CCCCACUAACUACACCUUCUCAUCUUCAACUUCUUGGCUUUUUGAAAGGAAAAAGCCAUAACAGCUUCAAUGAGUUCCAUAACCAAAGCUCCUCCUUCCUCCAACGAUGUUCUUUCCUCCGAGGAGAGUGGUUGGACAACAUACUUUGACGAUUUCUUCAACAACCAUGUCGACAACAAAUGUUCCAUGCCUUUGUCUGGUCUUUCUUCUUCCUCCCUUGUCUCUGAUGCAGCUUCUUUGGUCGAGAAAAAAGUGGCCAGUGCCAUACAAGUUGAAGAGUUUUCAGUGAAUAAAAAAUCCAAAAGAACGAGUUUCAAGAAGAGAAAAGAUGCCAUAACGGCUUUCAUUGAUGACGCUUUGGAAGAUACUGCAACUUCCUCUCUCAAUAGUACCAAGGUUUUGUAUGCGAACCAGCAGAUUGACAAGGCAAACAGACAGAAGUAGUAUAAACCUUUUCUCAGGAGAAAGGUAAUAUCUCAGGGCAACAAAAUGAGCAAAAUGAAAAGAGCUCCAAAGGGAGGAACAGUGAUUGCACAGAGUCAAAGAAGAUAGGUCUUUGCUUAAUUUGUUCCUUUGUCAAUGGUAGAGAACUUUCUAUGUUAAUUACUUAGUAGUAUUAUGUUAAAGUUCAAUCAUAAUCAUUUUUGGCUAUAAAAAAAUAUCUUAAUGUA